UAAAAGUGCGGUGAAUUUGUUUUAAUCUGUAAAGUAAUUGUUAUAAUGAAGCCCGAUGAAGUAGAAGACUUUAAAAUUACCCUUAUUAGAUUUUUGUUAAAUUAUUUUACACGGUUUUCAUUGGCUGGCAUUGCUGUGUAUGUGUGUUGGAUACCCAUACAAAAUUAUAAUUAUUGGUUUUCAUGGCAUGUCAUUUUAUGUACAUUUGCGUAUGUUCCCCUUAUGGCAGAGGCCAUAAUGCUAUUCACUGGGGAUGAAAUAUGGAUUACACAAUUAUCAAAAGACACAAAAAAUAAAAUACAUGGUAUUUUAAUAGCAGUUGCUAGUGUUUUUACCAUUAUUGGUAGUUUUGUUUGCUUUUUUAACAUACAACCAGGUUACCAUCUUUAUACUGCACAUGGUAUAACAGGUCUUAUUUCUAUGCUUCUCAUCUUUGUAUCGUUGGGUUUAGGUUGGGCAGCUCAGUACCUAAAAGACCCGCCUGGGAUAAUUUAUCCGAUUCAUAUCAAACUAAGUCACAACGUGAUUGGAAUGCUGGCCUAUUUAUUUGGAUUGAUGAGUUUAUGCUUUGGUUAUUACACAAGAUGGUUUGUUUAUUUCACGACUGUAGAAUCCAGAGCUGUUGCCUUAGUUUUUACAAUUAUUGCUAGUGCUUGGACACUCAAUGGUGCUAUUGUUUCUGGAUAUAAUCAAAUAAAUACUUUUUUUAAUUAG